AUGUUGGCGACGAGACCCUACGAGCCACCACCAGAUUAUGUAAGUCUUUGGAGGCCUAAAUGAUCAAUUGCCACUCUGAGACCGUUCAUUUAAGACAAUAUAUCUCAGCUGCCUGUAGAGGUAUCAAAAAAUUGUCAACUACAAAAAUAUUCGAAACAUGUAGGCCUACAAAUUUGUAGUUGACAACCUUUUGAUAUCUCCGCAGACAGCUGAGAUAUACCGCGUUGAAUAGACCGUCCAACUUUGCUCUGUUCAACUCCUUUCCGCAACCUUUCCGCCUCCUGUUUGUUAUUUACUUUUUGUUUCCGCGCGCCGCAUCGGCAGCUCACCCUUUUGACAGUAGUGUUCACACACUUUUCUCCCCCCCCCCCUUCCCCAAAAAAAACUGGUCCUGGCCGAUCGGUCGGGCGCUUCAAAUGACUUUUGGCACCCGUCGGGAGUGAAUUUGAGCUGCCGAUACCACUUGAAAAGUCAUCAUCAUAUCCACGUGGCAUCAUAUUUCAACGUGAGUUUCGAGGGGGUUAUAUAUAUUGUAGUCGAAUUCGGCUAAUUGAAAAGUGACAUUUCCACCCACCACUUUCUCCUUUUCCCCUCGAAUUCAUUGCCAACUGGUGAGACUUUAUCUAAUUAUCGAUUUAUACAUGCUACUCGGUUCUAGAUUCACUUUUGAUUCAUUUGGGUCUCACCACGAGAAUCUAGAGGUCUCAAAAUGGAAAUCCUGGAGACCCAACGUGUUGGUGUCAAAAGUCAUAAAGAUGUCAGUUCAUUUUGUUUACUCUUUUUUCCGCCCAACUGUUUGUCGCCCCCCGUCUACUAUCCAGAUCCUAAUGUACAUCAUCCUCCUGAUCAUGAUCUUCUUCCCCCAUUUUCCCUCAUUUUUUUUCCCGCCCAAUUCUUUCGCUUUUCAUCCGGCGUUUGACCGACUUUUCUCUGCGCCGCCCCGUCCGCUGCCAAUCCGCCACUUUUUUUGUUAUGCCACCACCGCUUUUUCACUCACUUAUCAUACAAUAGUCUAAUUAGCGAGGCCACGCCCACUUCUUUUGUUUUUUUUUCGACCUCUGCAACAAUACGCGAAUUUCUCGACGAUUCGAACGAAACGGAUGAUGAUGAUAUAUAUUGUGGCGGGCUUGACUAUUGAUGGCGAUUUAUCUCAGCUGCCAGUGGAGACAUCAAAACGUUGUCAACUAGUAAAUUGUGCAUUAAGAAAUUGUGAACACGUUAUCAGUUGACCACUUUUUCACAUCUCCACAAAGAACUGAGAUAUGUCGUCUCGAACACUAGAGUUUCUAGCAGCAUUCUCUUCCCCAAACAUCGCCUAACAACCCCUUCCUCUAUUGAUUUUCAUCCGUCUUCCUCUUCCCAUCGCUAUAAAUCUCAUUUCCUUUCCGUUGAUUUAUGAUAACAGAUUGGAGAAGCAUGCAGAAAGUGGACACAACUUUUCCUUCGGUGAUCUUCCGUGGGGAUGACAUUGCAGGAAUGUUUCCUGGUCAGAAAAACUGAUAUAUCUUUGGACCCCUGUAUCUCGAGAACUAAUGAUUGUAUCAAAGUGUUAGAAACUAGAAAAUUGUUGGAAAUUUUGUGCUAAACAACUUUGCAAUUGAAAACUUCUUCUCAAACUACCGCGUUUUUGAGAUGUGAAGCCUAUCAUGAAAAAGGUACAGUGUACGUUUUGCUCUUCCGUAUCGGCUACCAAACAUUGUUCAUUAUCAUCCAUUCGUUUCUUCCUCGUAUCACCGCUUCCGAAUGUCAUGUUUCCCACGCGUCGCUCUGCGGAUUCCCAGCCGAUUCGUCCGAAACGAUCCAACAUUGUCCGAUCCGAUCAGACAACAAAAAAAAAAAGAAGACGGUAUUCAUUGUGAUGGUGGUUUUCGCAUAAAUUAUAAUGUGACAUGCUUCCUCCUCCUCCUUUGCAUUCUUUCCGAUAGUUUUAUUGAAUAAUAUCCGAAAUGCCGUCGUGUGCGUCUGCAUCAAUCGACGCCGAAUUACAAUAGUUCCGAUCUUGAUGCUCCGGUGAGCCUAAUCCAUUCGCCAAGUGUUGAUCAAACAAUGUUCGUGGCUUUUCGGCGAGCGCCAAACGCGAAAGGAGCAUCUUUGCUUUUGGCUUUUGGCUCCGGCUGGCUCUUCAAUAAUAAUCUGUUUAUUCUCUCACUUUUCCUCCUGACCAUUCAUUUCGCUCAUUCUCGCAUACAUACCGAUUGUUUCUUUUUCUAUUCCCCAUCCACUUUUUCCGAUGCAUCUGAAAGGACAAUCUUUGAGGAUCUUCGAGCGAAGACUCUUGAGAUAUGCAUCUUUUGCCCGACAACAAACUACCCGUUUGACCUGCGGUUUUAUGUGCAUUUCGAGUGAGAUUCCAAUCUUGGAAAAGAACAAUCGAGGAAUGUUGAAAAUGGGUGUUACAAACCUACAGUAUGUCCUGUCAGUUUCAAAUUUGUUUUGUGAAAUCUUCAAGUCCAGUACUGCAUUUUAUUAGUUGACAACUUUUUUGUACACGCACUCUCUGGCUUACUGUAGCUCUUGGAAGUUGGGGGUGGUUGCCAGACGUGUUAUGAUUUUCAGUGCAAACAAACUUCCAAGAGGUACAGUAUCCCAGGGAGUGAUUGUACAAAAACGUUGUCAACUGCAAAUUUGUAGUGCAUAACGUGUAGUAUAUUUUUGUAAUUGACCACUUUCUCACACGUCCACUGCUAACAGUACCAACUCGACAAUAUUCGCUCAAAGUUGAUCUCCACUAAAACUGUGUCGAGUCAUCAUCGAGAACAAGUGUAAUUAGGAGUAGAACAACUUCUAGGAAUUUGCUAAAACAUCAAGUUCUACCCUGAAAAAAGCGUGUCCAGGUUCCUGUUCCUCGUCAAAAAAUUUCUAGAAAGAAUUUCCUUUUUUACAACCUCAUCACGACCCCCGAACUUCUUCAUUCUUGACAUUUCUUCUCAAAAAGGACCGUGAUCUUCUGGUGGUCACAUUCAGUGUUACAUUCAGUUAUCAGUAAGUCACCAAACCAUUCUCACUCUUUGUUUUCUUUUUUUUAUCCUUUUAUCAUAAAAACAAUAGAGAAAAGGGACGGAAAUGAUUGAUUGGCAUUGAUAAACUGUCACUUUUGUGAAUGAACUAAAACAGAGUAGCUUUGUUUUCGCUAUUUACCACUUCUUCUCAUUUCUGAUGCAUCAUAAUGGAUUUUCCGUUCAUCUUUGAUAACUUCCGGACACUUUGCAACUGAAUUUAGUGACUGAGUUGGUUGCGAAACGUCCUUGUAUGUCGUGAAACUUGUUAUAUCACAAUACUGUAUAUUCAAACUAGUAUAUCUCAGCUGCCGGUGGAGAUAUCAAAAAGUUGGCAACUACAAAAAUCUACUAAACAUUAGCGACUACAUUUUUGCAGUUGACCUCUUUUUGAUAUCUCUACAGACAACUGAGAUACACCUCCAUUACAGUUUAUACGCAAAACAAACUCGUUCGAGCUGUUUUUGCAGCUAUGAUUAGUAGCAAAACGCUUGGUUGCAAAACGUCUCACAGUGAAAUAUUGAAACCAGAACCCUCCAAACACAUGUUCUCCUAAACAAACAUGACCCAGCCACGUCAUCAACCCAUGGGGACCGACCAGAAAAAGCAAUGAUACGUCCCAUUGGCUCUUGACAUUUCCCCUCCCUUCUUCUUCUUCUUCUUCUUCUUCUUCUUCGUCUUCUCCCACUUUUUCUCGUCGAAUCUGCGUUCUGUUUUGUGGUGUAAUUCGAGAAGGGAUUCACUGUUUGUUCACCCCACCAAUAAUAUGCACCUUUUCGCCUCCCCGACCGGUGAACCCUAUUCAUGCUUUUCACACAACCACUAUUAUGCAUGCUUUCAUUUCAUUACACAUUGUUAUUGUCGUUUCCUUUUAGAGCUGUUUGUUCGCUUUUCGCAUUUGACCCCUAGCUUCCUGGCACAGUUGCAAGCGUGUCUCACAACUGUAAAGCGUCUUAUUGUUGCAAUUUGUAUCUUACUAGUUGAUCAAUAGUUGCAAAGUGUCCAACGGUUGCAAAACGUCACACAAAAUUCUCAUUUCAUUUUCUCUACGCAUAAUCAUAAUCCCACGCUUUAUAUUGCGCCAAUGUGUGCAACUAAACGAAACCACCCGAAACUAGAAUGGAUUUUUUUUUUGGUCAAAAUUUCAAAACCCUCGCUCUCAAUUUGCGUACCGUUUUGUGUGCAGUCAACUGUGACAUUUACCAGCCGCCACAAAAUUUGCAUAAUCUCCGUUUCGCAUGCGCUUUUCGGUUUUUGUGUGUGUAUUGGUUUUGGGGUAAAAAAAAGUAAUGGGAAGGGAUGGAGGUCGACACUGAAACCGUUUCUUUUUCAAGGUUUUGAGUAGCGGAAAAGCCGAAGAGGUUAUCAUUUCCUUUUUUCGUCUGCUGUAGUUGCGAAACUGGUUGCGAAAUGUCUAGGUUUCGGUCAGUGUUGAGCGGAAUUCCGUCUGCCGUCUUCCGCCUUCCGUCUUCCGUGGUUUUUUUUGUUCCGUCUUCCGUCUGCCGUCUUCCGUAAAAAAAUUUUCUUCCGUCUUCCGUCUUCCGGGAUUUUUUCUUCUUACCGUAAAAGAGUAAUAGCUUUUCAAAAGCCAUUUACUAGUCCCGAAGAACGCGAAUUUCCACGGGCAGUGACCCAGAUCCAAAAGUUUUGUUGCUUUAGUUAUUUUUUUCAAAAAAAAAACCGGAAAAAAAGACUCUGAAUUGACGAUUUUUUGUUCCGUAUUCCGUCUGCCGUCUUCCGGGAAAAAAGUGUUCUUCCGUCUUCCGUCUUCCGUCUUCCGUGAGAAAAAUGUUCUUCCGUCUUCCGUUUUCCGUGUUCCGUAAGAAAAAUUUUCUUCCGUCUGCCGUCUGCCGUCUUCCGGAUUUAAAAAUUCCAUUUCCGCUCAACUCUGAUUUCGGUCAUUUCGUCGUUGGUCCCCUCCUGUUAGAGCCGCGAACUUUGCCUACACUUCUCCAUCCUCGAACCUCGUCAAGUUUCAUCAACUUUUUCACCUCGUUUUCACACUUUCUUCUGCCAUCAUCUUUAGAAAAAACCGCGCCUGCCAAUUAGUGUGUGUGUCUCUUCCGAGUAUUGCGCAACAAGUGUGUGUGGGGAUAACUACGCCCUAGCUAGCGAUUAGUGAAAGUGCGAAAAAUGGCGCCGCUUUUGCGGAUGGAGAAGGAGAAGCGGCAAAAGUGUUCGCAUUUGACACCACCUCGGUGGCUGUAACAUGAUAUAAGUUUAUGAUCAUAUCGGCAGAGGAUGAUCGAUGGAGGGGAAGACCCUGUUUGCACACCUGUUCUUCUUCACCCCCUCUCUCUCUUUCUCUCUAUUCCACCAUUCUAUUUCUGGCCGCUUUACAGCCUAUGCUAGAGCAGCGAUGGCCGACGAAUACAGUCAGGAAUAGCAGCUCGCCGCACGUCGUCGUCGUCACCUCAUCGCCCACCUACAGAAGUCACUCGAUUGACGCCGCCGUCAACAGGUAUGUGUACGUAGGCGAGCCUUUAGAAAAGGCACUAAUUGAAAAAAAAAAAGAAACGUACACGGUCAUGAGUCACAACGUUGACAUUCAAAAGGUUUCGUAUAGUGUCGGCACUCACUUUUAGCCUUAAUUCAGGCAAAGUAACUCUACACACCCGCGGUUGGUAGUGACCUAAAAGUAGAAACUGAAUUGCCUUCAAUUUUUGCAAUGUUUCACUGAAGAGUGCCACCAAUUUGGCUCGAAGUGAACCGAAAAACUUUUGAACUAUUUCAUGUAAAUUGACAUCAAUGUUGCAUUUUGCAGAAGUACAUCCGCCUACUUCCAACACGCUCACCGCCCGACCUAUCAUCGCAAGCCACACCAACAGCACGAGUAUCCGAUUUGUGGAGUGUCUCCGGCCAGACAACACUCGUACGAUCACUUUCAAAAGUCAGUUGUUCGAAUGGCAAAAACUGACUCUUGUUAAUACGUUCUAGAGCCUUAGGUUCAGCAAAACAUCAUUUGAGUCUAAGGCUGUGAGCAUACUUACAACGAGCCCGAGAUUUUGCUUUAUAUGCUUUUAGACUUUUGAAAAAACCAAGACUAGGCCCCUGUCUGGGCUUUAUUUUGAUGUGAGCUAGUAAAAAAAAAGUCGAGCUUAGCCAGGUUCUCCUGAACCGUUACAAAUGUGUACUCAGCUCAAGUCUUGAGAUCCUUGAAGCAGACUUGUGACUAAUAAUCGGCUUGGUCCGGGUUUCAUAUUAUAGGGGCACCGGAGAGAAAGGGCGCGCUGUUCGCAAUCUGGCCGAAUUUCUAGGCCGCGAAGUAAUUUUCCACUGAAAACGUGGCCUAACUUUUCAAACUCGGCCCCGAUGUCGCUCAAUUUGCGCACUGCAAAAAGAGUUUGUCAACAGAGCGCCAUUUCUGUGCGGUAUAAUAGUUUUGAAGGUUUAGAACUGGAAAAAGUCAAGUACAACUAUUAUUUUUAUUUCGAAAUAGAAAAAGUCACUAACAGCCACUGUUUUUCAGCCUAUCAGCAGCCGAAAUCGAAGAGAUGCUGCGAACACGUCAAUUCCCGGAGGUAAGCCUCAUUUGUCACCCCGAAACCAGUCAUUCAUUCGCAUUCCACAGUUUCUCCUCAUUGUUUUCCUUUUUCCUCCAACUGGGUCAAUCUCAUCGUAUACAGUUAGCAAGUUUCCAACUUUUCUCACCACCUCACAACACACUUUUUAUGCGUUUCUCGCGCAUUCAAUUCACAAAGUCUCGAUAUUAUCAAUCAACGCGUUUAUGAUCUCUUGUGUUUCUUUUGCAAAAGCAAAAGCCUCGCUGGCUAUGGUUAGAAACUUGUUUUCGCACUUUUUUUGUUGUACAAGGCCGAGGAAUAGAGGACACUGGGUUUUUGUGUGUGAAAAGUGAAGUGACGGCGGAUAAGUGUCGUCUUGGUGUUUGAUGAUUUUUUAUUGAGAAGCUGGGCAAUAUCAGUUGAAAACGUUCAACUUUGAGUGUGUCUAGCCGAGCCCAGAGACACUUUUUUUGAUAGAUCUUGACACCUAGUACUGUAAUUUACUAGUUGACAACUUUUUUGUGCAACCUUUCUCUGGGGUACUGUAGCUCCUUGAAGUUUGAACUGAAAUACAAAGCCUUAAAGGUAGUCUUAACUUUCAAGAGCUACAGUACUUUUAGGAGUUGGUGUACUAAAAAGUUGUAAACUGCAAAAAUAUACUACACAUUAUGGACUAGAAUUUUGUAGUUGACAAGUUUCAUGUACCAUCUCUCUAGAGAAUACUGUAGCUCUUGAAAGUUAGAGCUACUGAAAGUCUCAUCUAUUUCAACGCAAACUUCCAAGCUCUACAGUACCCCAGGAAGUGGUUGUACGAAAAAGUUGUCAACUAGUAAAAUGUAGUACUGGCUGCCAAGAUUCACCAAAAAAAAGUUUCUAGACCAGUAGGACACCUCUUGACUCAGCUUGACACACGUAACGUUUAUCUGUUCAGUUCCCAUUGCCAAACUACGAAAAAUUAGUGACCCGAACAAAAAUUCAACGAAAAAUUCGCGGUCAUAUGUUUCCAUCUGUUCACAUCUGUUCCAUGUCACAUGAAAAAAUGAGAAAAGUUUCUAUUUAUACACACUUUUGCGGAUUCGUUUAUAAAUGUGUGAAACAGUGAUCUCUUUUCGUUUGAAAAUCUUGUAUAUAGCCUUCUAAAAACGUUGAAAAUCUCUCUACCAAGUCAAGAAUUCUCUCAAAAAAUGCUUGUCCGUUCCACCGACUAUCCUCCUAAUCCCCACCGCCUAGCCGCUUCGAAAACUGCCAUCAUCAUCCGCACAGAGACGGGGUGGGGGGGCGGCUUCGAAAUGAUGAAUUCAUAAUUUUUUUUGGCUAUCGGGAGGGUCGACGACACAAUAGAACACACUUGAAUCCCUCCCCCUCCCCCUUGCUUUCCACUUGAAGACUGAAGAAAACAGAAGCGCCCUCUCCGGCCGUCUGUCCGUCGUUUUAUUAUUUGCCCAUCAUACCAUACCAUCAUCACAUUUACAUCUCUUUUCAUUCAUUCAUUCAUUUCCUCCUCCCAUUUCUCAUCUUUUUCUUGUUAUUAUACAAAUCUUUUGCAGAUUGCCGGCAUUUACGGAAGUGAUGAGCAGCCGGCGCUGAGAAGAUUCACUCGCUACAAUCAGUCGAUUAGCUCGAAGGUUCCGCCGCCGCCGCCGGCGCCUCCGCAUCCGCCGCCACAGCAAACUGUCGUCAUGGACAAGGAUGCUGGACGCGGAUCGAUUUUUUCGAAAAGGUCAGUAGUGUAGGGACAUGUCUUUUUAUCUUUGGCGUCAACCAAUUCAUCCUCAUUUGCAGCUCGAAGAAGCCGCUAUUCUUCAUGGGCAACUGGACGUUCCGCGAGCGCAACAAGUCCGCCCGCCCGUCGAUCAGCGAGGCGAUGCGCGAGGAACGUCCGCACAGCAUGAACCUGUCGGACGUGCGGAGCCGCAGCAAGAGCGGCGAAGUGCUGGGCCCGCGGAGUACGGUCUUCGUGUCCGAAUUUCCGCGGAACGUCGAGACACGGGUGCCGGUGAAGAUCGAGCGCAGUUCGAUGGUCCGCAGAAAACCGUCGAAUUUUGGUGGUGCGCCCGAAUCGAUCAAUAAUAAUAGCAGUGCGUCGAGUCCGUCGUCUUCCACCUCCUCGGCCGUCGGCGAUUUCAAGAGUGAGUAUUGUAUUGUCGAACAAGUUCCCCCCCUCCUAAUCUAAUUGUGUUAUUGUAUUGUAUGAUUGCAGCCACGAUUACCGUCGACGAUGAUCAAGUUGCCGUGAUGCGACCCAAGAAGGAUUCCGAAGCGACCAGCAGCAAUAACAACAACAACCGGUACAGCUUUCAGUCUUGGUACGUCCACGGCUACCAGACGACUAUACAAUUCCGCCCGUUUCAGUGUACAACUCCGCAAAUCGUGUCCGGACCUCGACAGUUCAGUGAUGAGCAACAUGGAACAGCACCGAGUCUCGAAGAAACGGACCCGACGGGCGAAAGAGAAGAUGACGCAGGCGGCGUGGAAGCGGAAGUCCGUCAAGGAAUGGUCGCUCGACGACGUGCUCCUCUGGCUGCAGUCCGCACAAAUGGACGAGGUGGCGUCGCUGCUGAUCGGCUACGAUUUACGCGGCGACGAUCUUCUGCAGUGGAACGAUCACACGCUGGCGCAAUUGGGAGUGUCCAGCGAGGAAACACGGAGCACCUUACUAGCGGAACUCACGAAAAUCAUCGAGAACGGACCCGAAACGGUGGUGGAGGAUGUUCGCAGCAAUCAUAGAACACUUUUUGAUAUAGUUAAACAGACUAGUUAUGAUCAGGUCAGUUUUGAGUGUAAACUUCAAACAGCCGCAGUAGGCCUAGGAAAGGUUUUACAAUAAAGUUGUCAAUUUCAAAGUUGUAGUACUCAGUGUGUAGAAUAAUUUGUUAAUUGACACUUUUUCUGCAUGAGCACUCCGAAGACUACUGUAGCUUACGGAAGUUUGGGCUCUCAAAUGGCCUUUCAAUUGUACUCAAACUUCAAGCACCUACAAUAGGCUUAGAAAACGUUGUACAAAAAAGUGUUCAACUACAAAAAUACAGUACUUGGUGUCAAGAUUCCACUUUUUCAGGUACUGGCAGUCGAGACCCCCCUAACGACUCGAGAUAUCACAGUGACGCACGGACGACUCGGAUGUCUGCAGAUCACAAAAGUCAACGGAGCAAACUUGCCGCUGAAGGAGCAUGACUGGUAAUUUAUUAUAUUUUUUGAGAAGUAAAAUAACAAAAGCGUCAAUUUAGCCUACUCGAAAUCAACGAAAGAGCCGGAGAGCAGUUCAAGAGUGCUCUGAUGCUCACCAAAUUGAUAUCCGAUUCGAACGGCGCCGCCAUUCGAUUCGUCGUCUUGCGACGGAAAAGCGAUACGAUUUUGGCCGAGUCACAGGUGAGACGGUUCGCAACCGUGGUUGCAAUUCGGCAGAACACUUUGCAACUGGUUUAGACUUUUGUUUUCCCUUAUUCCUUAUUGAUUUCAUGGCAAUAUGUCAGUUGGUUGCGAAUUGUCCUAGUUCCAAAGUGUCCCAGUGGUCAAAUAGUUGCAAAACGUCCCCCUAAUCUCUAUUUCUUCCAGAAAGAAUCGUCGAGCAGCGGAAUAUCAUCAAGUCCUCAAACUCCAACCGAAUAA